AUGGCUAGUCAGAGUACCUAUGAGAUGCAGGAAGCCAGGCUGGCCCCAUCAGAGAAUGGACAGCCACCAAUACUGGUCCAAUAUGAUACAUCCCCAGGCCCCCAUGUGGGUCUCAGGGAGGCUUUGGAGAGGCAUGGGGGCCAAGAAAAAAGCCAAGAUCCAAGCCCACAAGACAACCCGCAACCACAGGCCCCAAACCAAAGCACCGCCAAUGUGGAAGGAAACAACAUUCUUCAUGGGCCAUCCUUCCCAAGAAAGCUUUGGAGGAUAGUGGAGGAUGAUGCCUUCCAGUCUGUGCACUGGAAUGACGAUGGAGACACCGUGAUCAUCAAGGAAAACCUUUUCCAGAGGGAGAUUCUCUGUCAAAGGGGCAAGGAGAAAAUCUUUAAAUUGAGCAGCCUGAAGAGUUUUAUCCGCUUGAUGAACCUCCAUGGUUUCAGCAAAAUACGCCCUGGUGAUUCUUCAGUUUGCUCUCCAACGAACAAAAUAAUGAUCUACCAAAACAGCAAUUUCCAGAGGGACAAGCCUUGGCUUCUUGAGAACAUCAUGACAAAAGGCAACCAGAAGACUCAUGCUUUGCCAGGGACCAGUGCAACAUCUCCCAAGAGAAAGAAGAAGAUGGCCCACACAAGACACCCCCCAACAAUUGACUAUAAUGAUUCUGAAGAAAAGGCCCAGAGGAACGCCAAAAAUGAUUGGGGACCCAGUGCAACAGAAUUUUUCAAGUACUUGGGUCUGCAGCCCACAAGAAAUGCCAUGGAGGUCCAAUGCCCAAGAGAGGCAGGUGGUCCAAGUGGGGAGAACAUGUCUGGGAAUAUCAUGUUUGUACCCCUGGAAAUUGCAGGAACUGAUGGCACAGGGGAUAUGCCUACAAGCCCGCCAAAUGACCCACUCCAUGGUUCAGUGAUGUCUUCAUACAAUGCCUGUUAUUCCACCCUGAUGGCUGGCUUUUCAGUCAUGGCCCCACUUGAGGCCCCUGACAAGAAGGAGGAGGAAAAGGAGUCCUCAAAUAACAAGUGUUCACUCAGUGAGCAGUUCAAGGACAAUGUAGACCACUAA